UCGUUCGUAUCCGACACAUCACUACUGUCAAGCUUUGAUGACGCCACAGUGUGCGACCCGAGACAUGCAGACAGUUCCUACCUACAGUUGUGUGUUUAUCCAUGAAGUUAUGUGGAAAGAAAGAAGCUGUAUUUAAUGUGGAUAUCUUGGGGAAGUGUGAGUCGCAUUUAAAGAGUCAUAAUGACGUUUAGAGCUAAAGAGAGAGUGGUUGUUGUCUUUAGGUAACUGGUGUCAUGUGGAAACAGCAAGGUUAGCUGGCUACUCUCAUCUCCAUCUUAUUGAUCCAUGUAACUAAAUAACAGCAGAUGAUAGUUUUGUGGUCAGUUGGUUUCUACAGUUUGUAUGUGGCAUGUAAAUGAAGGAUUAUAGCUGAUUUAUAACUGAAGUGAAUGUGAAGUGUAGUAAUAGUUAAUCCACAUUAACUUCUCAGAAGCUAACAUGGGCUCCACCUUGAUAUUAAAGGUCAGAAUAUGCCUUCAAAAGCCUUUCUUUCACCAGGGAGGUUCAGCUUUAUUCAGACGAAAUACUUCAUCACAGCUGCCUGUCUCAGCACGCUCUCUGUGCACCAGACACACUAACCCCAACCCAGGAGGCAGACAGACAGACAGAAGGAACAGUGGACAGACUGAUGGACAACAGGGGGGAGUAAGAAAUAGCCCUAUCAGGCGUAGGGAAGAGGACUUGUGGGAUGGUGCUGUGAAGGGAAGAGGUAAGAGCGACACUUUUGGGCAGAGGCCUUCCUUCACCAAGUCUGUGUUUGCUGCUGGGACUGCGAAGAGGACGGCAGAGAUGCUGAAGAGGAAAGCAGCUCUGGUCUCUGAGGAUGAGGAGCAGCAUGAAGGGGAGCCUGAAGGGAGGACAAGUAGAAGAGCAGCGAAGGUGCAGCCUCCCGACCGGCCGCUUCCGGCUGCUGAAUGGAGGAAGCUGAAGGAGUCUCUGGGAAAUCAACAACGCUUUGACACCCACAUGAUGAAUGUGCUGUUCAAGUCCGAGGCAGAGCUGGAUAUCGCCAAGUCCCUACUGACUUUUGUAGCCAUGGAAACAGGGACGCUGACUUAUGAGCUGCUACUAAGUUACCUGACGCUGUGUGUGAAAAGGGGCCACGACACCGAGGUGUUUGACGUCUAUGACAUUAUGCGAGGAAGUUUCCCUUCUCUGGAAACGGGAGCUUCCAGCCUCUUUAUCAAGUCUUUCAGCCGGACGGCGAGGUGGAGGGAGGCUCUCAGCAUCCUGCGCGAGCUUAAGAAGGUCUUUACCCCAUCACCCCGCAACUAUGGUGAUGUCAUCACAGCCGCGGUGUUAAAUGGUGACACGACCACUGCCUGGGCUCUUUAUGAUGAAUUAUUUGAAAAGGGACUGAGCCCGCACCCGGAGACCUGGGACGCUCUGUUUAAGGGAGUGAGGGAGACUAAGGAGGAGACUAAGGAGGAAGUAGGGAAGGAGGCAGAGGCCAUGUCUCAGUCUGAGCACCAGGAGAGGCUGCUGGGGAUUCUGCUCUACAUGAGGAACAACCAGAUCUACCCACAACACAGCCUCGCCAGCAGCAUCAAGACCUGGUUUGAGAGUCUCACAGGGCAGAAAUGGACAGGAAGUUGGACCGGAGCCACCCCAAAGGGUGUGUGUAGGUGUUGUAAGUCUGAGCUCGAGUCCAUCCAGCUGACUGCUGAGGAGUACCAACAGCUGAAAGACAGAGUGAUGGCUGACAUCAUUCAGGGACGAGAUGUUUUUAACAAGACUACACCGGAGGAGUUGGAGAGGUUCAAGGAGUUUGUGAAGAGGAAGCCAGCUUUUGAUGUGGUCGUAGAUGGACUGAAUAUAGCAAAUAUCAACAAGGACAAAAGCAAGCUGUCAGAGACGUUGUUGGCGGUGGUGUCAGAACUGGAGGGUCAGGGCCUGACUGUUCUGGUGUUGGGGAGGAAACACAUGCUUCGGCCAUCCAGAUCCUGGGACAGACACAACAUGAACAUCAUCCAGCAGAAAGCUCAUUGCUUCUUCACUGAAAACAUUUCGGAGGAUGACCCCUUCUUGCUGUAUGCCACUUUGCAUUCUGGGAACCACUGUCGGUUUGUGAGUAGGGACCUGAUGAGGGACCACAAGGCCUGCCUGCCAGAAGGAGCCACCAGACGGCUCUUCUUCAAAUGGCAGAGAGGCCACCAGCUGGUGGUGGACGGAUACGUCGCAGCAGGCAGGAAAGUCCGAUUUCAGAGUAUUCCCAGCUAUGACACCAUCGUCCAGACUUCGGCGGACUCGUGGCACGUUCCCUACGACGACACAGAGGACAGGAGCACCUAUGAAGUACCUCAACGAUGGCUCUGCCUCACCACAAAGUAGUGAACACACACUCAUGUGCUUUGAUUAUAACUGUGGACCUGUAAAUAAAUCAUUUACCACAAAUAA